CAGAAACCAUGCUUAUCUUUCACUUCCCCUAACCCCAAACAAACCAACCAACUAUUCCUUUAUUUGCUACCAAUACCAUUUUCUCUUCUUUUCUGAUCCCACCAAUCCUUACUACUCAACAUAUUCAUUUCCAUGGAAUUCUACUUUUUUCUUCCAUAAUCACUUUUUUUAUGUGGGUUUCAUAUAUCUUCUACUGUUACUAAAUUUGAAGCAUAACUAAUAAUUUCUUGGAAAAGCCCACCUUGUAGAUUUGUCUUGAGACCAAGUACAAAGAUAGGGACAGGAACCCCAAAAUACAGGAGACAAGAAAACAAUUUUAAUCUGGUGAAUGCCAAAAACAUGUAUGAAGAAAGUGAUUGUUUUGAUCCAAGCAAUCUGCAGCAGCAAGAAGGGUUGAUUCAAACUGAGGAUGGAUUCUCACAAAGCCAUUUACAAAAUUGCAACAAUCCAAGUUUUUCUAUGGAAGAACACUCAAAUUACCGUCAAAAUCAUCAGCAAGAUGUUGCUGCAGUCUUGGAGAUGGAGCUCCAACAGCAAAUUAUGCAGCAUGGAGAGUCUCAUUUGAUGCAAGAAAUUGUGCAUGAUUCAAACUGGCAAGAAAUGAAUACUUUUAAUGGAAAUAUGAAUCAGUAUUCAAUGCCAGAAACUCCUUAUCCCACUACACCUGAUUUGCUCAAUAUGUUUACUUUGCCUAGAUGCUCACCAUCCAGUGCUAAUUUGCUUCCUAAUUCAUCCAUUUCCUUCUCAAACUCAGCACAGAAAUCUCCCAAUUUCUUGGCUUCCCUUGGCCUCUUAGGGGAUCUUAAUCCAGUCGGUGGUGCAUCGGCCUCGGCAAGUGUUGUCUAUGACCCUCUAUUGCCUUUGAAUCUUCCACCACAGCCUCCUUUGCUGAGGGAGUUGUUUCACUCUUUACCCCAUGGAGGUUAUGCAUUGGGAGGGUCAGGGACUAGUGGAUCCUUGUUUCCUGGUAUGGUAGGUGAGAGAGAUGUUAAUGGUGGGGAUGGGAGGCACUUUGAUUUUGACUUCAGUGGAGAUAUGAAUUGCAUUGGUAAAAAUAGGGCUGGAAAGGAUACUAAACAUUUUGCCACUGAGAGGCACAGGAGAGUUCUUUUCAGUGACAAGUACAAAGAUUUGAGGAGCUUGGUUCCCAACCCCACCAAGAAUGAUAGAGCCUCAAUCGUGGGAGACGCUAUUAACUACAUAAACGAGCUUAAGAGGACAGUGACUGAGCUAAAAGUGUUGGUGGAGAAGAAGAGAUCUACUAAGGAGAGGCUGAAAAGGGCCAAAAGACAAGAUGAUAGCAUAGAGGGAAAUAUUGACACAAAGUCUUUAGAUGAUAUGGGGCAGCCCUAUAAUGAUUCAUCCUUAAGAAGCUCGUGGCUUCAUAGGAAAUCGAAGAACACAGAGGUCGAUGUGCGCAUUGUGGACGAUGAAGUUACUGUCAAGCUUGUUCAGCAGAAGAGAAUUAAUUGCCUACUCUUUGUAUCAAAGGUUCUUGAUGAGCUUCAGCUUGAUCUUCAUCAUGUUGCCGGAGGCCUAAUUGGUGAUUACUAUAGCUUUUUGUUCAACUCUAAGAUCUGUGAAGGUUCAACUGUGUACGCGAGUGCAAUAGCUAACAAGCUUAUCGAAGUCGUGGACAAGCAGUAUGCAGCAAUUCCACCAACUAGUAGCUAUUAGAUUAAAAUUGUUCAUUGGAGGAGGAUCGAAGUUGGAUAAAGACUGAUGACUACAAAUUAUGCAUCAUUUUUCUGGUGAAUAUUAGGCAGUAGAGAAGAUGUGGGUCGUGACAGACAUCCAUUUACAAUAUGCUGAUUAACUCACUGAAUAGUGAUACAUAUUAUAUAUGUAAUAAAUCUCUAUAUUUCUAUGGCCAAAUUAAAAAUGAAUACAUGCUCAAGCAAUAUAUAUAGAUAUAUUGUUUGAAUACCAUUUUAAUUACCUCA